AUGCCAGCGCAGGUGGGAAAGUACGAGUGGCGGUAUGCCUCCGGCGAAGAUGACAGUGAGGAGAUCAAGGUCUUCGUCCCAAUCGAGGACGCCAUCAAGGCCAAAGACUGCGACGUCAAGAUCACGAAGAAACAGCUCAAGGUUGGGCUCAAAGGGCAGGAGCCCAUCAUCGAUGAUACCUUGUGGAAGGAAGUGGAUGCAGAGGAGUCGAGCUGGGAGCUGGACAAGGAUAGCAAGGGGCAGAGAUGUAUCGUGCUGUCGCUCAUGAAGAAGAGCAAGUGGGAUCGAUGGGAGUACUUGGUGAAGUGCGAGGACGUGCCUCCAGAUACCACCAUCACCAACAAGGUCUUCAUGGACAUUUCCUUGGAUGGGACGAAGGUCGGGCGAGUCAUCAUGGGCCUUUAUGGCAAGCAGGUCCCGAAGACAGCUGAGAAUUUCAGAGCUCUUUGUACGGGUGAGAAGGGCGAAGGGAAGGCUGGUAAGCCCCUGCACUACAAGGGCUGCAGCUUCCAUCGCAUCAUUCCGCGAUUUAUGUGCCAGGGCGGAGACUUCACCCAUGGCAAUGGGACCGGCGGCGAGUCGAUCUAUGGAGAGAAGUUCGCCGAUGAGAACUUCAGGGUGAAACACACCAAGCCCGGCCUGCUCAGUAUGGCCAAUGCUGGCCCAGGCACCAACGGCAGCCAGUUCUUCCUGACCGUGAAGGAGACCCCGCACUUGGACGGCAAGCAUGUCGUCUUCGGGGAAGUGCUGGAGGGCUACGAAGAGGUCGUGAAGAAGAUGGAGGAGGCUCUGACAUCUCUGACAUCUGGCGCAGGUACUGAUCGAGCUGAUGUUUGGGUGUCUAUGGAAACCACGGAAGCCAGCGAAGCCGGCGCCCUUGACGGCGCGCGGAGCUGGGAUGAUGCGUGGCGUGCGGCCGAGUACAGAGCGGAGGACGAGGCACCACAGGAGGAUGGACUGGCAAAAGCGGACCUCUUCCCCGACUUGCCCAGCGAGGGCGAAGAGCAAGAGCAGCAAGAGCAGCAAGAGCAGCAAGAGCAGCAAGAGCAGCAAGAGGAGGAAGUGUUGCAAACCGCGUGUCGGGUCGAUCCUUAUCUGAGCCAUAGCGCUGAGGUGGCGGAAUCUGCAGAGAUUCCAGAGGCCGAGGUGGUUUCAACGCUCUUACAUCUCCUUCAUGACUUAGCCUCCCCGACCGAGACGUCAGAACCGUCAUCAGAAUCGGCCAGGCACAUGUCGAAGGUCACAACCAGCUGCGUGGUCUCGGUGUCGCGACGCCUCUGGCGGCUGGGAGCUGUGCAGCCUGGGGACUACGGGGAGGCCCCGCAGCUGACGAUCUUGGGCAGAUGGAUGGCCGCAAGUGCUGCAAGUGCCAGGAGUGAAAGGCCGGUGUGGCUGUCACCAACAGCAUUGCGGGCCCUUUUCUUCGGCUCAGUCUGGAACUGCCUCGUGCCGAUUGCUGCUGUGGUUGCCUUGCUCCAACCACUUCCUGACGGCCUGACACCCAACAAAGACUUGCGAAAGCUCUGGCAAAAAGUUGCCAGGACUGCCAGGACACCAACAUCGCGGUCGCAGACUUGGUCGGGCCACUUUGUCAUGGUCGCGGCCUACUUGAGGUGGAAGGAGUGGAAAGCCGAAGCGGAGGUGAAAAAGCAUCGCAAAGGCGACGUAGUUUGGGAAGCGCUGGACAGCAAAGUUGUUGCGAUGUGCCGAUACGCCCAUUCGGCUUUUGGAUAUUGUGGCGCUGAUGGGGUGCUGGAGGAUGCCGAGGGCAUUCCAAUCAACACCGUGCAAGAUGUGCCAAGAAGAGCAUGGACAGUUGAAGCCAUGCUGGGCGACGGUCAGCGGGAACGCGCCCUGGCGGCUCUCUGCGCCGCUCUGCCCCCACGACCUGGCCGAGAUGGCUGGCGUGUGUGUGGCGAGGCCGCCGAUGGCUUUCUGGAGGUGGAGACGCUGGUCGGCAAUGCUCACGCUUGCAUCUUCGGGCCCAGCAACCCGCGAAGGGUUGGAGACACGGAGGUGGAGUUCGGUGGCGCUCAAUACAUGAUGAAGCCCGGCCUUGAAGCGUCGUUGGAGGAGGUCCACAGGAUUCGAUCGCAGCUCGCGGCGCACGCGGAUGCGACGCUUGACAGGCUUAGCCGGCCUGAGGGGAGAAGGCUGGACGGGCCGGACCCCGACCUCGGCGACUUUGGCGACUUGGGCUUGUGCGAGGAGACGGUUUCGGCUGCCCUGGCCUUCCUGUCUUCACCGCGGGGGGACUUCCUCGACAACCUGGAGCAGCGGGAGGAACACGAGGAACGCGAAGCGUGGGCGGUGCCGGAGGGUGCCGCCGAGGAGGUGGGGCUUGGGGUACUAACGCUCUUGGGCCGAGCGGACGCGGGGAGCCGGUGUGGAGGCCGCGAUACCGUAGCAAGACGUGGAGGCUACAAGGCUGCUUUGAGCGGUCGGAUGGUCCCAGCGAGGCCGCUGCAUGCCCUUUCGACGCCUUCCAAGCCCGUCAAGGAGGAGCACCAAGAGCACCAAGAGGAGGAGGGCAAAGCAAGCAAAGCUGCCAAGGCGGCUAAAGAAGAGGGCCGGGAAGAGACAUCGGAACCGCUGGAGUACCCGGCCCCCCGGGAGAGACUGAGCGAAGAACGGUGCUUGGAGGACUGGGCCACGGGCCUCGUGCAAUCUGCCCUCCUGCAGACGCUCAAGCGUCGCGCUGCAGCCGCCGAGGCCUUCGACGUGGCAGGCCGCCUCAAGGCACGGGAGCUGGGUGCUGCGGCCGCCACCGCCGCCGGCCGAGCUCGGGCGCUGCAGCUUCUGAACGUGCCCAAGACGGCCUCCAUCGAGCAGCUCAAUGAGCGGAAGCGCAAAGCUGUGGAGGUGGAAGACUACGAGCUGCUUGGUGGCUGA